AUGGCUGGGCAAUCACCAUUUUCCCUGUCCUCCUCUUAUGGAUGGACUUAUGAUGUGUUUCUCAAUUUCAGAGGUGAAGAUUCUCGCUUUGAUUUUGCUCGAAACCUCUACGAGGCUUUGCAACAAAAGGGUAUCCAUACUUUUUUAGACGAUGAAAGGCUUAGGAAAGGAGAAAAGAUUACGCCUUCACUUCUCAAAGCAAUCCAAGAGUCUAGGAUGGCUAUUACUAUUUUCUCUAGAAACUAUGUUUCCUCUACAUCUUGCUUAGAUGAGCUUGUUCAGAUCCUUGAGCAUAUAAACAAAAAAGGUAGACUGGUUUUGCCCAUUUUUUAUGACGUGGAUCCAUCAAGAGUACGACGUCAAAGAAAAAAUUAUAGAGAAGUAUUUGCUCAGCACGAGAGGAGGUUUAAAAAUGACAAGGAGAAGGUGCAAAAAUGGAGGCAGGCUCUACAAGAUGCUGCUAAUCUCUCGGGUUUCCAUUUUAAGCCUGGAUAUCAAUAUGAAUAUGCUUUGAUUAAAGCAAUUGUUAAAGAGGUCACUAAGAGAGUUAACCGCAAGCCUUUACACAUUGCUGAUUAUCCAGUUGGAUUUGAGUAUCGAGUGCGAAAAGUAAAUUCUCUUCUAAAUGUUGAAUCUAAUGAAGGGGUCCAAAUGGUAGGAAUAUGUGGCACUGGUGGAAUAGGAAAAUCAACAAUUGCUCGAGCAGUAUGCAGUUCGAUUGUGGACUCAUUCGAAGGCUUUUGUUUCCUUGCUGAUGUUAGAGAAAAUUCAAUUAAUCAUGGCCUAGCAUAUGUCCAGGAAAUGCUUCUUUCUGAACUGUUGGAGGAGGACAUCAAGUUAAGAGAUGUUAAUAAAGGAAUUCCAACAAUAAAGCAUAGGCUCCACAAAAAGAAGGUUCUUCUUGUUCUUGAUGAUGUUGAUAAGCCAAAGCAAUUACAAGCAAUUGCUGGGGGACUUGAUUGGUUUGGUUCUGGUAGUAGAAUCAUUGUAACAACAAGGGAUCAGCAUUUGCUAGUAAGCCAUGGUGUUAAAAGAAUUUAUGAGGUAGACUGUUUAAAUAAAGAAGAAGGUCUCGAAUUGCUUAAAUGGCAUGCUUUUAAACAAAGUAGUGUUGAUUCAAGUUGCAUGGGCGUUUUAAACAAUGUAGUACUCUAUGCUGGUGGUCUUCCAUUGGCGUUGGAAGUUAUAGGUUCCAACUUGUUCGGUAGAGAAACAAAUGAUUGGAAUUCUGCAUUAGAAAGUUAUCGUAGUAUUCCAAUUAAAGAGAUCCAACAAAUCCUGAAGGUAAGCUAUGAUGCUUUGGAGGAAUACGAACAGGAAAUCUUUCUUGACAUUGCUUGCUGCUUUCAAGGUGACAGUUUUGAAUAUGUAAGAAGUGCAUUGUAUGCACGUGGUAUAUGCCCGGAUUAUGGUGUUCAAGUGUUGAUUGAUAAAUGUCUCAUAAAGAUGAAUCAUGGUAAGGUGACGAUGCACGAUUUGAUUCAAGCCAUGGGUAAAGAAAUUGUGCGACAGAAAUCACCAUAUGAGCCUGAAAAGCGCACUAGGUUAUGGUUUCAUAAAGACAUUCUUAAUGCGUUGGAAGAAAACAAGGGUUCUGGGGAGAUUGAAGCCAUAAAUCUAGACAUGCCCGGAGAUAUGGUGAUUGAUUGGAAUGGAAGGGCCUUCAAAAAGAUGCCAAAUCUUAAGAUUCUUAUUAUCAGAAAUGCACAGUUUUCUACAGGUCCCAAGCAUCUCCCCAACAGUUUAAGAGUGUUGGAUUGGAAGGGAUAUCCUUGUCCAUCUUUACCGUCUGAUUUUAACCCCAAGGAACUAAUUAUCCUCAAAAUGCCGGAAAGUUUCCUCCAACCGGAUGUCCUACUCAGCGCAUGCAGAGUAUUGGCCCUUUUGAUCAUUAUUUCUUUUUAUAAUGAAGCAAGAAUACGUCAAAAUUUGUUCCAUGCAAUGAUUGCUGUAAAUAUUAGUAUUUGUGUUUUUUAA